AUGAACAGCAGCAGAGAGAACAGCACCAACGGCGCAAGCAAAAAGAAGGCUGCGAAAAACAGCGGAACAGCCAAAGGUAGUGACGAAAAAGUUAAAGACAGCGGAAAUGCAAGCGAGGAUAAGUGUGGCGAUAGGAGUAAUGAGCUGGAGAAGAAUGGAAAUGAAAAGAGCCAAGCCAAGUGCAUGUCAAGCGUAAAGAAGGAGAAGGAAGAGGAUAACAACACCCAUAAGGGUGAUGAAUUGAAGGUGGAGGAGGCAAACCAGAAUGAUAAUAAUCAAAAGGACGACAAGGAGGAGGACAAGAAAAAGAAAAAAAAAAAUAAUAAGAUUCCUAACGUGGAUGGCGUAGGAAACGGAAGUGGCGCCGCGAGGAAGAAGGAGAACCAAUGCACGGACGGAGGAAACAUCGAAAAGGGAAAGUUCGAAGAGAGCAGCAAUGCCUCUGCCAUCACGAGUAACGACAACGUUAGCGGUGUUGGCAAUGUCGGCGGUGUCGGCGGCGGUAGCGGAAAAAGCGACACUGCCCCGGGUCACGGAAAAGCUGUGAAGGAGAAGAAGCCUGGGAACAAGUCGGACAAGAGCGACCCCUCCGGCAACACCGCAUACUACGGAAGCUUUAGUGCGAACAAUGAUUGGAGGAGUGGCAAAAAUAACAAUAACGGCAAUGACAACCAUGGCAGUAGCAACCACGAUGGUAACCUCGAAAGCGCCAAGAACAACGGGGUGCUGUACCAGUACGGCAAAGCCAACAACGUGAACGGUGAACACCCAGCGAGUAGGGACAAACAGAACGAUUACAACAGUGCGGCAGCGAAGGAUCCGAGUAAAAGACGAAGCUUUGUCAAAAGUGAGAGUAAAAACUUCGACGGGGGGUACAACGCCAGCGUCAGCAACGGAGGUGCGAAUAAGGGAAAUGUGGGUAGCUACCCAGGUAAAGCUAACUAUAAGUAUGACCACAAGAAUAGUAAGAAUAACUACAAUAUGAAGGGGGGGAAGAAUUACAAGGGACCACCCCCCAGCAUGCUCAACAAUAAUGUUGGCGGUGGUAUGAGCGGUAAUAUGGGUGGCAACUUCGGCGCCAACUUCGGCGCCAACUUCAGCGGCAACUUCAACGGCAACUUCAGCGGCAACAUAAACAGCAAUAGUCACAAUAGCAGCUCGUUGAACUACGACGGGUUCAGCCAUCACGGCAGCAGUAACGACCUCAAUGACGGCAUGAUGAUGGAUCCCAUGAAUAAUAUGGUGAUAUAUAAUAAUAACAACACAAAUUAUAAUUAUCUGCCCAACUAUGGCUGCAAUUAUCCUUAUAGUUAUUACGUGGACGAGAAUGAUAGCAAGAACGUCGAGUUAUCCAAUUAUUAUCCGUCCAGCAAGAUGUACGGCGGAACGUCUUCUUCCGGCGGGGGGGCCGCCACAGGGAGUAGCGCUGCAGGGGGGAGUGGAGGCGGUACUACUGGAGGUCCCAGUGGAGGUCCCAGUGGAGGUCCCAGUGGAGGUGUCAGUGGAGGUGUCAGUGGAGGUGUCAGUGGAGGUGUCAGUGGAGGUCAUAGUGGAGCUACUAGCGGAGUUACUAGUGGAGGCGACUCGGGGACAACCCCCCCCGCAACCGCUUCCCCUUGCACAGCGGCUUCUGCGGCAUCUUCCGCCGCCACCACGGGAGCAGUCGGACCGGACGGUUACAACAACGAUGGCCAUUAUGAUGCCCGCUUUAACUACAACGGCAUGGUGAACGACUUCUACAAUUAUGUCCCCUUCAAUUAUUAUUACUACAAUAUGAAUAAUAUGUACUUUGGUGGAUCAAGCUAUAACGCUAAUGGGCACAACCCCUACCAUGACAGCCUGAAAAAUCGGAAGACUAAAAAGUACCUAUAUGAGAAGAAUAAGAAGAAAAAUUACAAAAAUAUGACCUCGUCAAAUAUGUACAGCGAAAUAAAGAACAGAGUGAUGGAGAUUUUCAGGAGGGAAAACAUCAUGACGGAUGAUUACUUGUUAUACUUUAUGUACAAUAAUGUGAACCUUAGUAUUGACGUGAUUGCUAAACAUCCCUACAUUUCCCCCCUUGUUAGUAGCAACACGCAAAAUAAUAUGACCAUUUUGGCCAACGUGCUAAACGAUUUAAAGUGCAUCAACGUGGGCAACAAGGAGGACUCUGGAGGGGAGGUGGACAAAAUGGAAGCAGAUCCGGAUGCCUCCACUUCGCAGGGGACCACUCCGCAAGUCGUCACUACCAAUGGGAAGGGAAGCAUUGAUGGUGAGGCCAACCAUGUGGAGUUAAAUGACACGUCGUCGGCACAAGAUGCAGAAGCGAAGCAGCAACAGGAGGAAGAAGAAUCGAAUAAAGGAGAAGAAGAUAAAGGAGAAGAGGAUAAAGGAAAAGAAGAUAAUAAGAAUGUUGUCGCACCAUCAGUCGAUGGUACCAAUGCGGAGGGAUCUGUAAAGGACUCUUCUUCACUUAAGAGGGAAGACAACGUGUUAGAGUCCGACGCCAAUAAGCCUUUGGUCAAGGCUGAUGCGACAGAGGGAAAUGGGAAAGACGGCACCGUUGCAGACGAAUCGACGGAUGCAGCGCGAGGAGAUAGUUCCUCCUCUCCAGCAGAGAAGAGCAAAACGAUUGAAGGUCAAGGUAACGAUAAAGGUGUAGAGAAAGACUCAACUGACUUGGCGAAAGGUGCGGCCGAUUUGGCUAGCAGUACCAAGAUUGCCUUCGAAGAGGACAACAAAAACUUCCUGCUGAAUAUGAAUAAUAAACGAAACGUAAUCAUCAUCAGAGACAUCAAUUCGCAUUACAUCAACACGAUUAAAAGCAUCGUUCUGAGCAGUCCCAAUAUCCAGCCGACGGACGUUCUGAAUGUCAGGAACGACGUGAAUAACACCAUCUUCAUCACCUUGAGGAAUGAAAAGAAGACGGAAUCCUUAGCGCAAUAUUUAAAGACCAAAUCGGUAAAUGAUAAAAAGUUAAACGUUCGAAUUAAGACCACACAGAGGAUACAAAACAUUAUAGAGAAUAACAUUUUCAAGUCGGUGGGUACCAUGAUGGGGAGUAGUAACAAUGUGAGUGGCAGCAACGGAGGAAACAAUCAGAGUGGUGGCGUUUCUCGUGCGAGUGCGCCUGGUGGUACUGCUGCUGUCAGUGGAAGCAUCAACACGAACGCGUCUCCCAUGGGAACGAACGGAAGAGGCCCCAUUAACGGUCUCAGCGGUGCCGCUAUCAAUGGAGGAAGUACACAUGCCGCUAAUGUCUCAGGAACCGGUGUUGGUACUGGGUCCAUCUCCUCAGCAGUAGUUUCUUCUCCCAAUUUGACCACCCCCAAUGGUGUGCAGCCCAUGGCUUCUUCCUCCUCCACUGCUGCUGGCGGGUCAAGCACCACGAACAACUCACCAACGGCGAUGUCUACCGGCACCAUCGCAGGAACGGGUGGAAGCCAUUUAAAUAUGAUGCCCAAUUCGGGGGUGCCACUGGGGCCAAAGCAGUAUAUGAAUUUUAACAACAUGUAUUAUCUUCCCAACACGAUGAAUGGAUAUGACAGUCGCAUUUAUGGACACUGCAGCUCAGCAAGCAAUCCUCCUUCCAACUUUGAUGCCUAUUUAAAUUACUACAAUUAUGGCAUGAACAACGCUCCGUACAAUAUGUAUCCAAAUGUUAAUUUCUGUGAUUCGUUCGGUGCAGGGUACAAUAUGUAUCCGAAUGCAUAUAAUCAGAUGAACGAAAUGAAGAACAAGCACAGUUACAAUAACAGCAAAGGGGGAACAUUUUCCAGAGGCGGAGGGGGUGGUGAUGGUAACAAUAUGGGAAGAAUCAGCGAGAAUAAUUUUAACAAUGGCUCUAUGCUCGGCUCCGUAGGUACGGGAGCACCCCAAGCAGGUGGAAGCGGAGCGAAUAAUAACGCGCCCGGGUAUUUUGCAAAUGCAUACAAUAAUUAUAACAAUGUUUUUAGUAACAUGUACGGCAAUAAUAUGUACGGAAAUAACAUGCAUGGCAAUCACAUCCAUAGCAAUGUGUAUCAUGACAGGGCAGGCAACAAUAAGGGUGACAGGAACGUAGAUGAUGUGAGGAAGUUCCAUCAUGUGGAUGCACUGAAUGAGAAGGGUGGAGCGGCCACCAGCGGGUCGGGCACAUCACAUCAUCAUAAUCGAUUGAACAAAGGUGUGAAAGAUGUCGAUAAUGGAAAAGUUGGGAUGGGCGCGACAGCCACGGGAAGCAACGCGAAUAGUAAGAACAAUCGGGGAGGCGCCAACGAAAACGGAGGCAACGGAGGGAAGAACAACAGAAGUAGAAGCGGCAGCAACUGUAACAGCAGCGCGUACAACGGAAAUAACAACAAUAACAACAACAACAGUGGGAACAAUAGCAGCCACGGCGCAAGCAGCAACAGCAACGGGAGUAGCAACAACAGAAAUGGCACUAAUGGGAAUGGUAGCAACGGCGCAGCGAACACCACCAACCAUGGCAGUGGCGACGGGAGUGGCGGAAAUGGAGGAGGCACGGGAAGCGGUGCAAGCGGAGGCAGUGGCAACAACUCCAGCAGUAAUAGUAAGAGCGCUAUGAAGAUGAACGGCGAGUACAGUAAGAGCGGUAGCAAACUCAUGGCCAACAACAACAAGCCUAAUAAAAAGGACCCCCUCGUGAGGUACGACAGUAACGGUACUAACGGCGUGUUGGCGAAAAAUGAAAACAAAGAGUUGGAAAAGAAGAGUGGAAAAAAUUAUUAUAAUAAAAAAAACAGCGCAAGGAAAAGCGGAGAUAAGAAGAGCGAGAACAAGAAGAAGGACGACUCGGCUGCUGUGUCCACAGACUUGGGCAGCAACGAGGUACCCAAAAUGAAAGACGAGAGGAAGAAACCACUCGAGAUGAGCGAAGCAGGAGAAGUGAAUGAAGCGGAGGAAGCGCAGAGCGACUUCGAAAAUGACGCCAGCGCAGAGAAGAACACUGAGGACAGCAAUCAUAAUGAGGAGGAACAUGGAAAAUGCACCGAAGUCGAAAAGAGUGAAGAAAGUAACAACCAGAAUGGUGAUGUAAACGUGGAGAGAAAAAAUAAAAAGGAUUCUUAUGCAAAAGGUGAACAGCCGGGUAGCAAUGAUGGCAAGGACCACUCCAACAGAUUAUCCCCAAGAAUCGGCGCUGCGAAGAAAAAUUUCGGUAACAAAAUUGCCACUAAUAAAGACAAAAGUGCAGUCAACUCGGACGAGAAGAAGGCUCCAAAGAAUAAGAACAAAGUGGACGACGCCACUGUAAAUGGUGGCAUUGUCGGCGUAGGCAUCGCGACCAAUGACAACGGUGCCAGCGGCAACACGCAAAAUAGGAAGAAAUACUCCUAUGUGGACAUUAUGGAUUCGUGCAAAAAAUUAACCAACGUUGAUGCCCCUCCUGAGUGCAUAGACAAGCUUAUGAAGGAGAAUGUCUCUCUUUUUAGGAAGCGCGACGAUCAGUUCUGUUGGAAGUUAAACGUUUUUUAA